GGGGCCAGCCCUCACUACAAAGAUGUACCCAGAAUGACAAUAGACCAGGCUGGACCAUGUUGCCUAACAACCUGCCCAGGUCAAGACCGAGCACUAGUGAACCUCUGGGACUCAUCAACCCGGUGGGCUGAAGGAGAUGAGAUCCUUAUUGAUGUAGAACCCUACCCCAGGGAGAGGCUGUGCCUGGAGGCUGCCAGUGCCCUCAGGUGGGGUGAGGUUGCUUCUAGUACCUGAAGGACUCUUGUCCCAGAAGCAUGGAUUCCUGGCAUUCUCUGACGGGACAAGAUGGGAGGUGGGGGCAGGGUAGAGGGUACAAGCCCCACCUAGGGCAGCGACCACAGCGGGAAGAGGGACAGACAGAACCAGGAGUCUAGGAAGGAAGCACCAUGCCGGCGGGGACAGCAGCUGGAGCCUGGGUGCUGGUUCUUGCUCUCUGGGGAGCUGUAGCUGGUGGUCAGAACAUCACAGCCCGGAUUGGAGAGCCACUUGUGCUAAGCUGUAAGGGGGCCCCUAAGAAGCCGCCCCAGCAGCUAGAAUGGAAACUGAACACAGGAAGGACUGAAGCUUGGAAGGUCCUCUCUCCCCAGGGAGGCCCCUGGGACAGUGUGGCUCGAAUCCUCCCCAAUGGCUCGCUCCUCCUUCCAGCUAUCGGAAUUAUGGAUGAGGGGACUUUCCGGUGUCGGGCAACUAACAGGCACGGGAAGGAGGUCAAGUCCAACUACCGAGUCCGAGUCUACCAGAUUCCUGGGAAGACAGAGAUUGUAGAUCCUGCCUCUGAACUCACAGCCAGUGUCCCUAAUAAGGUAGUAGAAAAACAAGAAAAUAGAGAGGGUCCUUUGAAUGCACAUGUGUGCCUGUGUUGCCUUCCACAGAGUCAGAGGGUGAGGUCUCCAUUCUUUCUCCAGGUGGGGACCUGUGUGUCUGAGGGAAGCUACCCUGCAGGGUCCCUUAGCUGGCACUUGGAUGGGAAACUUCUGAUUCCUGAUGGCAAAGGAACAAUUGUGAAGGAAGACACCAGGAGAGACUCUGAGACAGGACUCUUCACACUGCGGUCAGAGCUGACAGUGACCCCAGCCCCAGGAGGAGCCACCCAUCCAACCUUCUCCUGCAGCUUCAGCCUGGGCCUUCCCCGGCGCAGACCCCUGAACACAGCCCCCAUCCAGCCCCGAGUCAGGGAGCUCCUGCCUCCAGAGGGCAUUCAGCUGUUGGUUGAGCCUGAAGGUGGAACAGUUCCUCCUGGUGGGACUGUGACCCUGACCUGUGCCAUCUCUGCUCAGCCCCCUCCUCAGAUCCACUGGAUAAAAGAUGGCGCACCCCUGCCCCUUGCCCUCAGCCCUGUGCUGCUCCUCCCUGAGGUAGAGCAUGAGGAUGAGGGCAUUUACAGCUGUGUGGCCACCCACCCUAGCCAUGGACGUCAGGAAAGCCCUCCUGUCAGCAUCAGGGUCACAGAAACUUCCAGCAAUGAGGGGCCAGCUGCAGGCUCUGUGGGUGGGUCUGGGCUGGGACCGCUAGCCCUGGCCUUGGGGAUCCUGGGAGGCCUGGGAAUAGCCGCCCUGCUCAUUGGGGCCAUCCUGUGGCGAAAACGACAAGCUGGACGUGAGGAGAGGAAGUCCCCAGAAAGCCAGGAGGACGAGGAGGAACGCGCAGAGCUCAAUCAGUCGGAGGAAGCCGAGAUGCCAGAGAACGGUGCAGGGGGACCUUAAGAGCACCCAGACCAACCUGUCUCGCUCCUUUGACUUGCCCUUCAGUUGUGCUGGCCCCGGACCAGCUCCCCCGUGUAGGAUCCCAAUUUGACCUUGAGGCACUUUCUUCUCUAACCAGAGCCCACAUGGUCCAUGCUGAGUAAACACCUGACACAUGUUGCCGACUUGUGGUCUGUGGAUGGGAGAGAGGCAUCCCUGGGGACUUUGCAGGGGAGGGCCCUCCAUGCCUCACACCACCGUACCAAUGUCUACCCAGGCAGGGCAGAGCACACUGU